AUGCACCAGGCCCUGGAAACGACCACCUCUGAUUCAAUGACAGUGUUCUGGGAACAUCACAAAGUCAUGGACAAGGGAGAGUACAUUUUGGUUUUCCGAGCAGGUACUCCCCGUCCCACCCUCAUGCUACCCCGCACCGUGCAGCAAAGGGAGAAAGAGAGUUCUCGUGGCACCGCCGCCCCGCGCGCGCGACCACCGCCUCCAGCUUCCGGGCCUAGCAGCCCGGAGACCCACCACCACCCCUAUGCCAGGAAGCAUCAGGAUCCCGGUCCGCACCUGCUGUCCCGGAGUCCCCUGCUGCCCUCCCUGGUACCACCUGCUUCCGUGCGGCGCCUGCCUCGGCUGAGCCGCCCCGCCUACGAGGGUGCAGAGGAACUGCACGCACCGAGCUCGGAGCAAGAACUCCCCGAAGACGAGCACGCCCCAUCCGACAACGCGGCGACCCCCCCGGGCCUUGAUGACGUCAACUUCCCGCCGCUCGCGGCUGCGACAACCGCCCCACCCAAUCUGGACGAAGCGCCCAUUGUGAGCCGCGGCUACUACCCACUAUCUGACUCUGAGCACCCCCCUCCGGGUCCGUUACCCCCCGCCGUGACGCAGACACCUGGCCCAACUUCAGGAGACCCUACUCCCGCUGCCACACCCAUGGCACAAUCAGGCCUCGUGAGGCGCGACCGUUCGCGCUCAAGGUCCCCACUAAGAGGAGACACCAUGGCAGCCACCGCUGAGUCGAGCCACCCCCCGAGCCUUGACAACAAGCACCGCCGCUCUAAAACACACGACCUCAGCAGCGACAGUGACGCGCCUUCUACCGCCAAGUCCCAGAAGCUGGGUACACCCCCUUCGGGGAAAGGGCAUCCACCGCCGGGUGCCGGCGAGAAACGUUAA